AUGAAGAAGACCGACAUCAAAACUCGGACGAACGAUACGCGUCACAGUUCCACAUCGACAACAGUGAUUGGACGGCUGAUGGAAGACUGCACCAGUCUGCGUUUCAGAGGGUGGGAACCACCAUCAGGAAAAUCGCUGGUUGGUCGCCAAGGCACGGCUUUCUUACAUCGUCGCUCAAGCACCGUCGCCCAUUCUGUGACGCCGUCCAUCGCCAACACGAGUGUUAAUUACCCCGCCCCCGGUCACGGAAUGACUGAAAUUCCACCGUCGGCCGUCAUCGCGACUCCAAGCGCGUACGACGAAAAUCUGGGUCGAAAACGCUACCACUUCGGUGUUUGGUCGCCAUGCCUCGUGGACGGUGGAUUGUUGAAAGCUGCAGGGGAUCGGCUGGUCAGAACAGCGCGAGUACCCGGAACGAAAGGGAGGGAUUUGCCUCGAGAAGCGACUUGA